AUGUGUAUCAAGAUGACGGCUGCAGCACAGUUGCCAAGGUUUUUUACAUAUUUUUCAAGUUUUUGGAUCAAUAGAAAGGGGCCCGAAUGUUUUUCUGUAUAUAAUCAACCUCGUCGUACCAAUAAUAACAUAGAGAAUUUUCAUUCAACAUUAAAACAAACUUUUCAAGUGUUACACCCAAAUUUAUGGAAAGUACUAGAGCAACUGAAUAAUAUCAUGGUAAAACAACACAUCAUUGUUGAUCAAUUGGCUGAAGGCUUACAAAUUAUCAGAUUCAUUAGAAUGAAGUACAUUUUGAACUCUAUAAGGAUAAAAAAUUCCACUGCUCUUUUAACUAUCGGUUCAAUAAAUGUAAGAGAAUUUCUAAUCCAAUGUUUACACAGUACAGAUAACUAUCUGCAAAGAGAAUUAAAUUGGAGAGAUGAAACUCUAAGUUCUGAAGAUGAUUUUCAGGAAAUAGGUGAAAUUCCAGUCAUUGAAGAUGCUGUAGAAAAUCAACCCAUGGGCCCUAUUAACAACUUUGCUGAACCUGAAUUCAAUAUUGUUGAAGAUGAAAAUGAUUUUAUCAUUCCCGAGGAUAGGGAAAUGAACAUUUGGGAACAAUUUUUAAACGAUUCUGAAGAUGGUGUAGAUGAGGUACCAUUUGUUCGAGUACCUCAUAACUUGGUUGAUUUAUAUCCACAACAAGACGAAGAAAGUAUAUGUGUUGUGUGCAGAAUGAAUCAGAGGACACAUGCGCUUGUACCUUGUGGGCACAGGGUUUUGUGUAUAGAUUGUUUAGAACAACUAGAAGCAUUACGAUGCCCAAUUUGCAAUGAAGACUUUACAAGUGCUUUACGAGUGUGGUAA